CAUUUCCGGUUCCUUCGAGCUCUUCGUAAAGACCCCGGUAUGGCGGACACGCGUGUAGUGGAGACUCUUCUUCAGCGUAUUGAGAAGGCAGACGACGGCGUGGAAAGCCUCGAUGUGGCUAGCAGCCUCGGAGUGGACCACCAGGUCAUCGUCGGGGCCGUGAAGAGUUUGCAGUGUCUCGGCGAAAUCAUUUCAGCUGAGCUACGCUCCUCCAAAAACUGGGAUCUGACAGAGGAGGGCAAGGAGAUUGCUGAGCAAGGCAGCCAUGAAGCUCGAGUCUUCAACUCUGUCCCGCUGGAAGGUCUGACCCAAAGUGACCUCAUGAAAUUGUCCUUUGGAAAGAUUGGCUUCAGCAAGGCCAUGUCCAACAAGUGGAUCCGACUGGACAAAGGGCAUGAAGGCGGGCCCAGGAUAUUCCGAACUGUGGAGAACAUAGAUGACCAGGUUAGAGAGAAGUUGCUUCUUGUGCAGAAAGGAAUCUCUUCAAACUUGGAUGAAAAAGAAAAGAAUGAGCUGAAAAAGCGAAAACUUCUUGCUGAGGUGACAGUUAAGUCCUACUGGAUCACGAAAGGCAACUCCUUCAGCACCACCAUCACCAAACAGGAGACGGAGCUCACCCCUGAGAUGAUUGCAAACGGCAGCUGGAAAGAAAAAAAUUUCAAGCCGUACAAUUUUGAUGCGAUGGGUGUGGCCCCAGAUUGCGGCCACCUGCAUCCCCUGAUGAAGGUGCGGACACAGUUCAGACAGAUCUUCCUGGAGAUGGGUUUCACCGAGAUGCCAACCAACAACUUCAUAGAAAGCUCUUUCUGGAACUUCGACUCCCUUUUUCAGCCGCAGCAGCACCCAGCCCGAGACCAACACGACACCUUCUUCCUGUCAGACCCUGCCCUCGCCCUGAAGUUACCACAAGAUUACUUGGAGAGAGUGAAGAGGGUCCACUCAGAGGGCGGCUAUGGCUCACAAGGGUACAAAUGCGAAUGGAAGAUUGAGGAGGCCCGCAAGAAUAUCCUCCGCACGCACACUACAGCCGUCAGUUCCCGCAUGUUGUAUAAACUUGCGCAACAGGAGAAAUUCACUCCCGUCAAAUACUUCUCCAUCGACCGAGUCUUCAGGAACGAGACGUUAGACGCGACCCAUCUGGCCGAGUUCCAUCAAAUUGAGGGCGUGGUGGCUGACUAUGGGCUCACCCUGGGGGACCUCAUGGGUAUCUUGCAUCAGUUCUUCACCAAACUAGGAAUUACUAAACUACGUUUCAAGCCUGCCUACAACCCCUACACAGAGCCCAGUAUGGAGGUGUUCAGCUAUCAUGAAGGAUUGAAAAAGUGGGUGGAGGUGGGGAACUCUGGUGUUUUCAGACCAGAGAUGCUGCUGCCCAUGGGUCUCCCUGAAGACGUGUCUGUUAUUGCGUGGGGGCUUUCUCUGGAAAGACCCACCAUGAUUAAAUACGGCAUAAACAACAUCAGAGAGCUGGUGGGACACAAGGUCAAUCUACAGAUGGUCUACGACAGCCCCAUUUGUCGACUGGACUCCUGAGUUUGGUACAGACCUCUUUUUGAAUUUUUUGGACCCGCUCUGUCGCUGCAGUACAGUACAGUUCUUGUUACAUCAGGUGAGAGGAUUUUGUAUACACUAGAAUGGAACAGCAAUACUCAAGGAACCAACACCAUUCUGUCAUAAGAAUAAACGUAAUUGUAUAGGUAAAUAUCCAGUACCUUUUGAAUAAUAAAAUAAACAUAUUCCAAACUUC